AUGCACCCGGGGGCCCUGGGGCUGUGCGCCCCGCUGCUGGCGGCCGAGCAGAGCGCGCGCCUCUACUCCACGGUCUACGACUCCACCCCAGGACAGCUCCUCUGGGGGUGGCUGGCCCUUUCCGUGCUACUACCUGGCUUCCUGGUCCAGGGCCUGAGCGAUCUGCGGUUCUGGGCACAUGGACACCAAGGUCAUUGUUUGCUGGCUGUGCUAAUUCUGCUCCUUCAGCUUGGCCUGUGGAAGUGGCAUUAGGAUGCCGCGUCCACUGCUCUAUCGAAGGAGCGGGAAGCCUUCCGCCGAGACCAGGUGCUGCUGCAGGAGGCCGACCUGUCUGCCCUCCGCCUCCCGGAAGCCCUGAGGCAGCGGGGCCCCCACCUGCUGCUCCAGACGCAUGUUUUCCUCGCCUCGGACUUCACAGAUAUUGUGCCAGGUGUGAGCACGCUGUGCCCCUGGUCCGCACUGGCCUGGGCCCUGGUGUGCCAUGCUUGCUGCGUGGGCUUCAUGAAGCGUCAGCUCCUCACGCCAUGGGCCACCCUCUUCUACCAGCAGCCCUGGAGGAUGGGCAUGUUGGGGGCCCGUGUCCGAAGCCUGGUUCUCUUCUUCAGAGCUUACCACGUCUGGGUUUUGGUUUCUGGAGGCAAGCAGGCUGUCAGUGGCUGCAUUAUGCUCCUGGAGAAAAUCCUCCUUUUGCUGUUGUCUACUGCCUUUCUCCAGGGGGCCUCCCAGACCAGCCUGUGGACCGUAGCUGGAGUCUUGUCUGGAUUUCUCAUUGGCAGUGUCCCGCCAACUCAUUAUAGCCUGCUACACCCUCGACCCACAGGCAUCUGGCAGAGUUGUGUCCGUCCAGGACUCGUGUGGCGUCCAGGGGCUGAUAAGGCAGAGACAGAAUCUUCUCGGGCCCCAGCUCCAGCUGGGGAGAGGCCGGGGAGCCCGGGCACACGCCAGGAGAAAAGCCACAAAUUCGCUCACCGUGGACCCCCAGAGGCUGGGCUGGAAAGCCAGACUGCUCUGGAGGAUUGUUUCCUCAGUCAUCAUCACUGGCUGUUGGUGAAACUUGCCCUAAAAACAGGAAAUGGUUCUAAGAUCAAUGCAGCCUUUGGAGAAGAGUCCGGCUGCUUUCGUCCCCCUUCGUGGGGGCUGAACCGGCACUACACCCAGCAGAGGACACCCCUGUUUCCCCAGCAAGACCUCCCACUGUCACCCCAGGACCCCCUGUCCUCGGAGAAAGGCUCUGAGUUUCAAGGUGCCCUGAACUCGGAAGCGGACCUGUUGGAAACCUCCAGUUUGGUCUCUUUUGACAGCGACAGCCAAGACCCAGCUCCUGCCCAGAAGGAGUCAGCCGCACGGAGCGAGCACAGCCUGAGGGAAGGAGCAGGUGCGGUGGGCGGUGGGCGGAGAGGAGGGGGAGGUCAGGAGAGCUGUACGCUGUACUUCAGUGCCACGGCCAAGGGGACCGCAGCCGCACCCCAGGAAGGCAGGCAGGCAGGUACUCCGCAGACACCCCACCCUGGGAGGAGGGCAGAGCCCUGCCCUCGGCCGGCCACGUGGCCCUUCCCUGCCACCAUGGCCGAAAGCAGCCCGAUCCUAGGCCCGGGCCCUUCCGGAAGCUUCCACCACGGCGCAGGCUUGGGAUUGGAACCUUCCUGCCACUCUGGGACACGGAUGUCACUGCCAAAGGGGAGCCUGCGGCCCGCAGACGAGCCUUGCCCCACAUCCACUCCCAAGUGUGAGGCUGCCCACGGGGACUGCGGCUGGAGGGCCCGGCUAAAGGCCAAGCCGACUUUCUUCAUCUGA